AUGUCCCCAAAGAAGCCCCAAGAUGCAAAACCCACCAUCAUCCCAGUGAGCACCGUUGACCUGGACACCACCAACGACCUGGACAGCCUGAUGACUUCACCAGUGUCCACUGUCCCCAAACCCACCAUCAUCCCAGUGAGCACCAUUGACCUGGACACCACCAACGACCUGGACAGUCUGAUGACCUCACAAGUGUCCGCUGUCCCCAAACCCACCAUCAACCCAGUGAGCACCGUUGACCUGGACACCACCAACGACCUGGAAAGUCUGAUGACCUCAUCAGUGUCCACUGUCCCCAAACCCACCAUCAUCCCAGUGAGCACCGUUGACCUGGACACCACCAACGACCUGGACAGUCUGAUGACCUCAUCAGUGUCCACUGUCCCCAAACCCACCAUCAUCCCAGUGAGCACCAUUGACCCUGACACCACCAACGACCUGGACAGCCUGAUGACCUCACCAGUGUCCAGUGUCCCAAAGAAGCGCCUGCUGAUCCGACUGCUGGUGGAAUCGGGAAGACUGGUGUCCGAGAGUUCCCAGUACACCGACUGAUCACCGGGAUGACCCGCAGCCUCACACUAAACCUGCAAAAUGUGAAACGAUGUAGUCAGUUAGAAUGUUUA